AUGGCGGCUGCUGCACGUUGUGUUCGAACAUUUGCGAGAGCUUCGGUUCAGAUGUCGGUAAGUUGGCUUGAUCAAUGAUGUUAGCAUUUCUGAUACAAUUCCCCUAACGCUAAGAUAUUUUUUCACAGAAAGCUGCUUUGUCUGCGAACAGUAUACCAAAAGGUAUGUGGCUUAUUGCAAGUUGUGGACCGUUUUGCAGCCAACAAUUAGACACAAAUUAUUACAUAAUCUAAAGUUAUUUCUUUCACUUUGUAGCGAGAAGUAUAUCCUCUUCUGUAGGAAGAUCUAUUCUUAGAGACUGUGGAUUGUAAGUAUGCUUCCAUUGCAGUUGCUUUGUAUCUUGAGUCGCUUCUCUCAUUUUCUGUAUAGCUCAAAAUAUCAGCUGGGGCUACUUUUUCCAUAGAGGGAGAAAAGGGAAAUAAUCAACAAGUUCUAAUGAUAUAUUUGUAUUUUAUGUCAGUAGUAUAAUAAACUGGUGGUUUCAUGAGGUGUAUAUCUGUCUGAUUUUGUUAAAAUGUGGCCACUAGGUUUUCGUCUGGCGUCAGGCACAGCCUGGCUCCAGGCCAGCCCGGUGUCCAAAAAAGUAGGGGGCGUGCCAUCUUGGUGGGUACAGCUGGAUAGCCCAGGGACUGCCUUAACAAUGGGUGGGUGGUUCAGGCCUGGGGGGAAAAACUAGUGGGGUAGGGAGGGGGCUAUUUUGACGCAACCCCUUCAGUAAGCAGCAGUGUUCACUAAAGGCUUUGACUGGUAAGUACCUUGGUCUUAAUUUGCCCUAGCCAGCUGAAUCAGGCCUAUGCUGAGAAUGAUUAUCAUGAUAAUUACAGAGCUCAGUGGGAAGUCACUCCCACUUCAAUUGGCUCGAGGUCACCUUCUUAGUGGUCCUUUAUGAAACCCUGAAGAUUUAUUUGUUUGUUUUUCUUUGUUACAGACUCAACACAAUAGCCAGAGAUAAUCUGUGUAAAAGUCUAGCCAGAAGACACACCAGACUGUCAGCAGCUGUCAGUAAGUUUAUACAUUUUUUACAUGUGUGAGUUCAUCAUAGGACAUUUCAAAGAAAAAUACCGGAAGUUCUUAGUCAUAGCCAUUAUUAUAAUCACACAUGACUUGGACAGGAUGCAGUUGUGCAGUUCCAUAUCAUUCCCCAACAUCUACAUCUUACUCAUAUUCAAAACAUUUCCCAUCAGCAAUAAAUGAGCUGAAAUCGUUCUUCAGCAAUAAAAGUCAGAGAAGUUUGUUUUUGAAGCAGGUUUACCUUUAAGCAUUGAUCAUAGCAAGGUACUUCAUUGUUGUGAAAACAUUUGAUAGUUUCUCUUUGUGUUGGGCCUGCAAACUAGUUUUACUCUGAUCGGAUUUUCUGUAUCAAGAUUAUUGGCAUUUUAGUGUAUGACAAUUAUUGUAAUAUAUUAAUAAGCAACCUUUUAGAAAAGGUGUAUGACAAAUUAUUUUCUGGCAAAGCUUAAAGGCAUUUUUUUUUUUUUUUACAUGGCUCAUCACUAAAUAAUUUGCCUUUAAUGUUGCAUGACAGAGUUUAUUUGCUCUUGAUCUCAAAGUCCAGUCAACUGCUUUCAGAGCCCCUUUUCUUCUUCUGUAAAUUAUUAUUUUAUGGGGGAACAUUAUGGCUUGGAGCAAGCUUUCUAAUAAUAUUGAGAAUCGUCAGAAGCGAAGGGGACUCAUUAUUGGUAUAAGUGAAAGUGCAAAAGAAAGAGGUGCUAUCCCCACCUCAAUCAUCUGGACAGAUACAGCUUGUGUGGUCUUCAACUUAUGUGGUUUCCAAAGGGAGAGCUUGUUUUCUGGCCAGGGGACAUUGGGGCUCCAAAACAGCUUGCUGUUCGCCAUGCAAGAGGAACUAGAGUCUUCUCCUCGUUUAUUAAACUGUAUUACUUCAAAAUCUGAGAAGUGAACGUGAUGCCCUGAGAUUCUUUCAACUUUAUCUCCUGAUGCCAAUAAGAUGUAAUUUCAAACACUGUCAUUAGCAUGCUGUUUGCAUAGACAAAUCACAUGAUGUAAUAUAUUCUAGGCAUUAUAUUCUCCUUUUUAAUGGAGAGUGAGGUCAUUACAGGGAAAUCUCAGACCAGGGUCUUGACAUAUGUCAGUACAUCAAGGCUGAGGUCUGAGAUUUCCCUGUAAUGACUAGCCUGCGUAGCAUGGCGGUUUUGUUGAUCCGGGCGCAGGAGCGGCGUAGCCGCGAAAUUCGCGUGCGAAGCGCGCGAGAACGAGCGGCGAAGCCGCGAGAAAAAUAAAAACCGCCUGCCCGGAUUCGUGGCCUUUUCAACUGCCGCCCCCUUCAACUCAUUUUGACAUUCUGUUGACAACUUAUUUGGUUUCAGUUUUCCCAGCCAAUCAGAAAUAAAGUGUUGACAGCCUAAACACGACACAAAAGCUCGUGAUAUAGUGUAAAACGUGACCUUGGCCGGAAUUGGAGUUUGCUUGAACAAACACGGGUUUUUUCUUUGUGGCUAUCUCGCGCAUAGGUGACUACACUGCGUUCUAAACUUGACUGAGUAGAUCUUAUUUUUGCUGCACUAAGUCUUACAUUUAUUUAGAGGUCAUGGAGUUGGUUUGUUUAAUCCGUAUUGAGUAAUUAUUUCCUGUGGUUAAUGUUAUUUUCGCUAAUUAGAAUUUGUUGAUCUCAGAUGCAGUUGUAAAGUACUAAUUUCUUUGACCACUCUUAAAGCCUAAAGCUUUUUAUUACGGCAGAUAAAUAUUUUAGUUUCUUUGGUCUUUUCCGACUUAAAUGCCUGGAUCUGGACAACUACAAACCAAGGAGCCUUGGUUUGUAGUUUCUGUCACUGCUUUGUCCGUGAAUGUUUGGACGCUGGGCCCGGCUUUGUAAGUGUUGUUUGCAGGAUGUUGUAUUUUUACGUAUACAGGGGCACCCAACGGGAAAUUUUGAGAAAAAGACCUAAAAACAACAACAAAGCGUGAAUAAAGUUUUCUGAGACUAUUUUAAGCAUUUUGGGAGAUUGCUGGAAAAAAAUUAUCUGUUCCUCACUCCCAGCAAGACUGAUGGAAGAGUUCCCAGCCAGCAAACUUACAACCUGCAACCUGACUUACUGGGAAGUUUCAUAGGGCACAAUUCAGAUCUUGAGUGGUAAGUAACCCAUACAAGUGACCCGUAGCAGCUAUUCUAGACUUCAAAUCCCCUCUGACACCCUGAAUUAUCUUUUUCCCAGCAACACUUUCCUUCCAAGGACUAUUAUUUCUUCCACAUCUCCCAGCCAGCAAAAAUGUGCCUGAAGAACAGAUAUUUUGAGGAACAGAUCCAUUGGGUGCCCCUGCGUAUAGCGCGAUCUUCAGAUUUGAGUUGUAGCUUAAGCUACACCAAGCAAAAAAAUAUGGAGAAUUACGCUGUGCGUCUUUCUUCUACCGUAUGCGAUUCAUCGACCACAAUCGCGGACACCGUUCGAUGUACUGCGCUGGAGUGUGUUAUUCUCUAACACCGAGUAAUGGAGAAAAUUGAGGUGAACUUUCUCGAAGCACUGAAAUUUACUGUUUCUGUCAUAAGGUCCAUUGCUUUACAGCACAGCGACAACAUUUCAGAUAUCUGGUCGUCGAUAGUACGUUUUAGAGGGGAAAUUGUGAUCAUACAGGUUUUCGAUGAGGAUAUUUCUUCUUUGGCCAUAGCAAAGACAGUAAAGAUCAUGCUCUUGCCAAAUCUUGUUGACAAAAUUUCCAUGACAUCUCUCCUUUGAAGAAGACUGUAAAUGGCCAUUUCCUGUUUGAGCUUCAAUACAAUUGCCCUGUUUUCCCGUCAAAUAUUCAAGACCGACGACGCUCCGGUCAACGCUUUUUUGAUAUUUUGAUUUUGUUUUGCGGAGAUGAUUUGUUCAGUCCCUCGAAACUCUCCCAUGGGAGAUUACCAAAAUAUUUGAUUGACAGGCGAACAUUCCGAACCAAUCGGAACGAUCCGUACGCUGGCGUGCGGACCGACUCAAAAAAGCCCCCCGUCCGUGCAGGCGGUUUUUCAAGUUGCUUCCGCCCCAAUCUCCUCGCGGUUUGUCUGCCCUCGCCCGCCUUUAUUACUUAGCGCGCCCAACCAAAACCGCCAUGCUACGCAGGCUAUGUAAUGACCAAACGAACGAGGUUAAUAAGUUAUUUAUUAUUUGGCCUUUUCAUUAUGGACCUGAGCCUGCAAUAGAUUAAAACCAACAACUGGUCAGUGGAUUACUUAAAAAAACAACAUCACCUCAGUGAGUUGCACACUUUAGCCCACAAUACCAUCAGGUGACACUCGUCAGUGGAUACCCUUUUUGACAGAUGUCAGUUGACCAUAACAUGGAUGUCCAUAAGAUUGUAUAUGCGUUGGACACCUAGCUAGUAAUGCCCGGUCAUUACAAGAAAAUAAUGCCUAUUUAUUACAAGAAAACAACCAAUCAGAGCGUGUGUACUAUUGUAGCCAACACAUCCUCAAGACAACUAUUGGAAUUCAUAUUCAUCUACUGUCAUGGCUAUUAGAGGAAGUCAUAAAUGAUUGUGCGCUAAUUGCAAUUAUUUUUAACUCAAAUUUAGAUCAAAUCUGGUUUACUUCUGUGGCCGAUAUAAUGUGUGAAGAGGAUGAGGGAAAUGGGGAUGAUGAAAUUGCAACAGAAGUUGUAUCAGAUGAGGAUGAAAUAUUGAGAGUUUGUCAUACUCUGAAGGCCAUGUGA